GGGCGUGUUAGUGGCCGCGGCGCUCUGCCGGACGUCGAGUGCGCGGCUGCGGGGUAGCAGAGCAGCCGGUCAGCGAGACCCCGCGCGCGGCUCGGGUUUCGGGGCGCUGGAGGAGGCCGCCACGGCCGUGCGGGAGCGGGAGAUGUUGGAGCUGAGGCACCGGGGAGGCUGCCCUGGCUCCGGGGGAGCGGCGGCACCGCCACCCCGCGAGGGAGAGGCGGCCGGCGGCGACCACGAAACCGAGAGCACCAGUGACAAAGAAACAGAUAUUGAUGAUAGAUAUGGAGAUUUGGAUUCCAGAACAGAUUCUGAUAUUCCAGAAAUUCCACCAUCCUCAGAUAGAACCCCUGAGAUCCUCAAGAAAGCUCUGUCUGGUUUAUCUUCAAGGUGGAAAAACUGGUGGAUUCGCGGAAUUCUUACUCUAACUAUGAUUUCAUUGUUUUUCCUAAUCAUCUAUAUGGGAUCCUUUAUGCUGAUGCUUCUUGUGCUAGGCAUCCAAGUGAAAUGCUUCCAUGAAAUUAUCACGAUAGGUUAUAGAGUCUAUCGUUCUUAUGACUUGCCGUGGUUUAGAACGUUAAGCUGGUACUUUCUACUGUGUGUAAACUACUUUUUCUAUGGAGAGACCGUAGCUGAUUAUUUUGCUACAUUUGUUCAAAGAGAAGAGCAACUUCAGUUCCUCAUUCGCUACCAUAGAUUUAUAUCAUUUGCCCUCUAUCUGGCAGGUUUCUGCAUGUUUGUGCUGAGCUUGGUGAAGAAACAUUAUCGUCUGCAGUUUUAUAUGUUCGCAUGGACUCAUGUCACUUUACUGAUAACAGUCACUCAGUCACAUCUUGUCAUCCAAAAUCUGUUUGAAGGCAUGAUAUGGUUCCUUGUUCCAAUAUCAAGUGUUAUUUGCAAUGACAUAACUGCUUACCUUUUUGGAUUUUUUUUUGGGAGGACUCCAUUAAUUAAGUUGUCUCCUAAAAAGACUUGGGAAGGAUUCAUUGGCGGUUUCUUUUCCACCGUCGUGUUUGGAUUCAUUGCCGCCUACAUGUUAUCCAAAUACCAGUACUUCGUCUGCCCAGUGGAGUACCGAAGUGAUGUAAACUCCUUCGUUACAGAAUGUGAGCCCUCAGAACUUUUCCAGCUUCAGAGUUAUUCACUUCCUCCCUUUCUAAAGGCAGUGUUGAGACAGGAAACAGUGAGCUUGUAUCCUUUCCAGAUACACAGCAUUGCUCUUUCAACGUUUGCGUCAUUGAUUGGCCCUUUUGGAGGCUUCUUUGCCAGUGGAUUCAAAAGAGCUUUCAAAAUCAAGGACUUUGCAAACACCAUUCCUGGACAUGGCGGAAUAAUGGACAGAUUUGAUUGUCAGUAUUUGAUGGCAACUUUUGUGCAUGUGUACAUCACAAGCUUUAUAAGGGGUCCAAAUCCUAGCAAAGUGCUACAGCAGCUGCUGGUGCUUCAGCCGGAACAGCAAUUAAAUAUUUACAAAACCCUCAAGACUCAUCUCAUUGAGAAAGGAAUCCUGCAACCCACCUUGAAGGCAGCCAUGGACACAGGAAAACCUGAUGCACUGAGGACGCUUCAACAAGGGCUUCUCAAGGUCACAGGCUGGGGAACCACUGCUGCCUCCGUCUCUCACCGCCUAUUUCAGGGCUCUCCAAAACACCAGGCUGGCUCUCAGUGUGUUGCCUCUCCCUCUGGCCGUCCACACACACUCAUCAGCCCCAGGGAGCCAGCACGACUGGGAAGCUCAAUGCAGAAAGCAUUUAAGGACGGAUCAAACCAGAGCUUGAACCAGACCCUCACAGCAAACAUUUCUGUAAGCAGGAGCUUCUGAAAGAUAUGUUCACGACUAGAAAAGAACUAUACAAAGUUGACGGAAUUAUUUGCCUUC